AUGCCUCAUAUCGCAGACUUUCUCGAAAGAAACAAGGCCGUCGAGCACAAGCCGCUGCCGUACAUUGCUGACCUCAAGGCCGCCGGCUCGCCCGGCCCCCGAACCAUCAUCGUGAGCUGCCUCGACCCCCGCUGCAUCCCCGAGGCCUUCUUCAACCUGCACGCCGGCGAGGCCCUCGUGCACCGCAAUGCCGGCGGCAACGUCCGCACGGCCCUGCGCGACAUUGUCACGCUCGACUCGCUGUUUGGCCUCGACGAGAUCUGCAUUGUGCACCACACGGACUGCGGCACGACGCACACCACGGACGACCAGGUGCGGGCGCAUGUGAAGAAGACGGCCGACCCAGCCAGCUGGCCCGAUGUGGACAAGCUGGACAUUUGGGCCAUCACAGACAUUGAGGAAAGCGUCAAGGGCGACCUCGAGUGGGUGCGCACGACGCCGUUGAUUCGCGACGCGCUCAAAAAGGGAACGCAGGGCUUUGUCUUUGACAUCAAGACGGGCGCCGUGACCAAGGUCGAGCCGAAGACGGCGUUUUAA